AUGUGUAUAGUUUAUGAUCGACAUGAAAGCAUUAAAAAUGCAGCCACUGCAUUUUUUCCAGAAGCUUCCCAUGUAUUGUGCACAUUUCAUUUAUUCAACAAUGUUAAAAAAAACUUCAAGAAGUCAUCAAAACAACUACGAGAAGCAUUUUAUGGGGCAGCAAAAGCCUACACAACUGAGGCAUUUGACUACUACAUGAAGCAACUUGACGGUAUGUGCAGAGGUUUAAAGACUUACCUAGAAGCUGUUAAGUAUAAAAAAUGGGCACGAGCACAUUGCGAAAAUAACAGGCACAGAGUCAUGACAACUAAUAUUGCAGAAUCAAUGAAUUCCAGAAUAAAGGCAGGUAAGGAUCUCCCAAUCACUACACUACUUGAGUACCUACGAAAAAUGGUGCAAGAAUGGAGCUACGCGAAUAGGCAUCUGGCACGAUCAACUUUCACAAACCUAUCAAAAAGAGCAGAAGAUAUAUUGAAUGACAAUUACAUUCAGUCAUUGAAAUUAGUGGUUUCAAAUUCAAAUGACAAUGUGAAGACAAUCUAUGAUCAUAAAACAAAGUUCAUUGUCGACCUCAAAAAAAGAACGUGCACAUGUAGGAGAUUCGACAUUGAUGAAAUUCCUUGCCCACAUGCAAUGGAAAUACUCAAAGAAUUCAAUCAAGAUCCUUACAAAUUUUGUUCGCAUUAUUUCACAAAAGAAACAAUACUGAAGACAUAUGAAGAAACAGUAUAUCCAGUGGUAGAUGAAAGUUUGUGGAAUGUCCCGGAAGAAGUGGCACAAAAGAUUGUUAAUACACCACAAGGAAGAACAAAGUCGGGAAGGCCUAGGAAGAAAAGAAUUAGAUCUGCCGAGGAAACUACAAAUCAUAACAAGUGCAGCAGAUGUGAAAAAAAAGGACACAAUGUGAAGACAUGCAGGAAUAUGCCUAAGAAAAAAUGA